UGCUUUCCAUCUGCUGUUCCUCUGCUCUCAUCAGCCUUCCUGGCAGCAAUCUUAUCAGCAUUCCUGGCAGCAAUCUCAUCAGCUUCCUGGCAGCAAUCUCAUCAGCUUCACUUAGCUGCAGCUCUGGUUACGGAGGGACGCUUUCAUACCUGGAUGUCACCAGAUUCUCAGCUCACAGGGCCCCUUAUUCACCAUGCUCCAAAUAAUGGCUUUCCUCUCUCCUUCCUGUUCUCUCCAGCUCUGUGUGCAAAAAAAAAAAAAAACCCUCCUCUUCAUGAAUAUACAAAUAUCUAUGCAGUCUGA